AUGAACCAAGGCUCGGGGAACAUGACACCCGAUGCGGGCAUAUCCCUGAUCUCUCCGAACAGCACAGACGAAACAGACGAAGGGGGCAAGGCAGCGGGCUACCCAUCCAACGAUACAACUCAGGUCCCCAAAGCUGAUAAUGUCGCCGAAAAUGGGCGUGAGAACCUGGACAAGAAGGACGACAAGGGCACACUUGGUGCCUCCGGUACCAGUAGCGAAAGAAUCGCCACUGAAAUCCCGAAGCCUCCUGAUAUCGGCAACAUUAUGUUGCGAAGGCUGCUGGAUGGGAAAACCUUUGAGGACAACAGGCCCCUGCGACCACAACCCAGUGUCGCCAUGGGAUGGGGUGGACAUGGCUCGACAGCCUCGACCAACGACUUUGGCUAG